AUGCUGGUACCACAGGAAGUAAGGUUUUGUUAGAAGGAAAUGUUUUGGUAGUUGCCAGGGCCGGGCGGGGACUUUUGGUCUGGGUGCGGGGGUCGAAAAAAUCCACAGGGAGGACCACGUUCACCUUUUUUCGAAAAUUUUUUUCUGGGAUGGGGAAGAGGGGGUACCGCCCCGUCCACUCCGCCUCCUCGUGCCCGGCUUUGGCUGUUACUAUUCUAGACAAAAAGCUUAAAAAAAUUCAGUAUCAAUUAUUAUCAGCAUUACUUCCAGGACCUAAUAACCCACUUUCAACAAGAUAUUCAAACCUACUUUCCACAAGCCACAGUACCUAAUCUAACCAAUCGUAUAGUCGUCUACAUUAAUGUCGAUUCCACUUAUGCUCAUACGCUAGCCAAGUUAACCAUUCUAACCUUCGUAUAUUAUGAAACCGUAUCAGUAAUAUGUGUAUUUAUCACACUGACUCGACUAGACAGUAAAAAAUCUACAUUUUCUAAAAUGACCUACAAAUUGCAUCGACAACUUACAGUAGCUCUUGGAGUUCAGUUAAUAACUCCAAUUGUCUUUGUCAUGGUACCAAUAUUGUUAUUGUUUCUAAGUACGUACGAUCUGUUACACAGUACAGUAGGAAGUCAGCAGUUGGUGACUAAUGUGUUUGUACUGUUUAUGGAUUUUUAUGGCACUGCCAAUGCUAUGAUAACUCUGUAUUUCGUGACGCCUUAUCGAAAGUAUAUUAAACUACAGUUUAAAAAAUUGCUAUAUAUGGUAUCUCUUGGUCAUAUUCAAUACACGGAAAAUGUUGUAGUAGUCACGGACAGCAAAUCUAAUUCUUUAUCAGUAUUGGCAUAGAAUUUGAAAUUUUAAAAUUUGUUUGUUGUAUUAUAAAAGAAUAAACUUUAAAACAAUUAUAAUAUCAAACCUAAAAUUCUUUAAAUUGUCAGGUAAGGUGUAAUUACAGUACUCCCUCUAUAUAAGCAAUCCGAAAGGACCGACAUUUUGUGUUUACUAUAAGGGGUGUUGUCUUUACAAAGAGGCUUUUUAGUGCAAAUUGACUUAUCGGGGCCAAAUUUCUUGUUUACUAUAAGAAGAGUUGCUUAUAAAGAUGGUUCACUAUAUAGUGAGACCACCGUAACAAGGAAAGUAUCCGACUUGCCCCGCUCUGAUUGACUUCAAACAUUUUUUUAUAGAAAGAUCAUGUAAAUAUAAGAUCUUCAGCAAAGCACAAAAUCACGCUUUCCAGAAAAUCUCAAAACAAUCGAGAUUAAAAAAUUGCGUUUUGAAUUUUUCCUCUAAAUUGGCAUUGCAUUUCAAGCUUAUAACUUUGCCAUUUUUUACUUUUAAGCAUUUUUCUUUCAUAUAUUAGUAGAAUGUCUUUAAAUAAACCUACAUUUUUAAAUUUGUAAGUGUAGCUUGUCUGGACAGUCGAAAAAGGUGCUUGAAACACAAUGCCAAAUUUGCCAAAUUGGUGGAAAACCGAAAUAAUUCAAAUAUAAAACUCAAAAGCUUGAGCUAAAAUUUCUUAUGGGUACUAUUAGUGGUACAAGGAAUUCGUAUAAAAAUUUUGAGUUGAUUCUGAGCGGAGCAGGUAGGGUACUGUAGUUGGGUCUAGCACUGAAUUUAUCAGAAUCUGUCCCUGUAAGAUUUUGUUCAUAGACUUCUCUUUGAUCACUGUACAAUCAUCUCACGCCUUGGCAUUUACCUAAUCAUCGUAAAAUUAAUCAAAUUGUCCGUAGCCAUUCAGUUGGUCAUUGUACAAUCAACUCGUACAUAGACCGGCUUAAAACAAAGCACGCUGUAAUUAUUUUUCGUACAACGUUAUAUUGUAAACGCCCUUCCGAUGAGUCGCGAGGAAAAGACUUUGUUUCCGCUGUCUUUUGACUCAUUCUUUGUGCUUGCCCACCUUUCUUGGCCCUCCGGGGCCUCUAUUUCUCUUCCCGAAAACAGUCAAUUCGAUCAGUUUUUCAAUUUUGCGCUUAUAUCGCUUUGUUUCUUUUGAGGGGGGGGAGGUGAUUCUUGUUUAUUUGUUUUGGUUUUGAAGCAACAGGGCAAAGUAAAAUAUCAAAAAUUUUUUGAAAGUAUUACUGUAAGCUUUCGUAUUUUACAACAGUGGUUUCUCUAUAUAGUGAAACAUCUGUAUAAGCCGCUCUCCUUAUAGUAAACAAGAAAUUUGGUUCCGCCAAUUCAAUUUGCACUAAAAAGUCUUUCUGUAUAGACAAAACCCCUUAUAGUAAACACAAAAUGUCGCUCUCUUUGUGUUGCUUACAUAAAGAAACAAAAAGAAAUCGACCGGUAAAGUUAGUCCGGGGACUUUUGGCGCAUCCUUUACAUAGAGAGAGCACUGUAUUAACAUUUUUGUAAUGACAACCUGUUAAAAUUGGUACUAUUAGUGCUGUUCUAAAAAUAAAUUUGUAGGCUACUAACUGUUAAGUUUAAGAUUGGCCAUGGAAAACGAAUAAUAUAGAGAAGUGAGGGGUAGAAGAGGUAAGAAGAGAUGAUGAAGGGAUAGUGAAAGAAAAUUGGUACAGUGCAAAGGAUUGGCAUUUUGUGUUUACUAUAAGGGUUGUUGCCUUUAGUGCAAAUUGACUUGGCGGUGCCAAAUUUCUUGUUUACUAUAAGGAGAGUUGCUUAUACAGAUGGUUCACUAUAUAGAGAUGCCACUGUAUAAAGUUUUAAAAUGGGCGUUUUUUUAAAUUGAGCUCAAAAAUGUAUAUUAAAUUGAACUCAAAAAUGUUUAAAUUGAAGUUGUUUGAACAUUUAUAGGGUGCACCAAAGGUUCUGUUACAAAACUUUACCACUAUGUUGCGGUUGAAUUAUUUAAAAUUUUUUAUUUUAGCUUAUUCUCCGCGUUUUUUAAAAUUGUAUUUAUAAUCAUUAGCAAUACCGUUAUCACCAUAAUCAUUUUCAGACCAAUUCUCUGUGCCAUUUUGUAGCCGACUGUACAAAAUGUAUCAGGAAAGAGAAGAAUUUCUGAAAGAAAAGUAUUUGCGUGAAAAGGUGAGUAGUCGAUUAGCAUAUAAAUGCUAUUUCGGUUUAUAAAUCACAUCGUUUAAUGAAUUCUUAUCAAAAAAUCAUUUUUAAAUAGAUUUUUUUUAAAUUUAAAAACGUUUUUUAUUAAAUAUGAUCGAAAAAUAUUUUUUUAAAAACAAAACGUUACAAUGACAAAUCCAAUUGUAGUCUUAUGAUGACGCAAUUUCACCCGCACAUCUUCGUGAAGUCGAGUCACGCUACAACAGGCCAAUCGAGCACUAUCGCACACCGUCCGACCGUGUGGAACGACGUCAACUUUCUCUACCACCACCGCGAAAAGACGUCAACUAUCCUGGCGAACGUCCAACCAACGCCGUGCCGCCUACAUUAUACCCAGCUAGCACCGCACCGCCUACUGUAUACCCAGCAUAUCGUGCUACCGGCAUACCUGACCCAUAUGCUCCACUGUAUGCUCAAGAAUCAGCCCAGAAGAUAUCGCCACGUCAAACUGAAAGUUUUGAUCAAGUUAGGGCUAAGUAUACCAGUAAUGUUGAUGAGAAGACUCCUCAGGCUUAUCAGGAUUCGAAGAAGGUUAGGAACGAUGGGUUCAAACAGUAUCCAGCUUCUACGGAUGUGAAGCUGUUCCGAGAACGGCCAAGGAGUCACAUUGAGCCGAGUACUUACAACACGGAUUACAAAAAUGGUGAUUACUCUAAGGAUUACGGUAGAGAGUAUCCUAGUUUGUUGCACAGUGACAGUAAGCUUCAUGAGCCGAAACAUAUUUAUCGACCGGAGGUUGUGAGUCGGCCAAAGUAUCAUGAUAGGUAUCAUGAGGUGCGUUUUUGUUAAAAAUUUUUAAAAAAUUUUAUUUUUAAUUAAAAAAACUCAUACAUUCUAUUCUGUACCAUACUUUCAGCCAAAUUCAAUAAUAGUUCACAUAUACUGUAAAUAAAAUUAUACUGUAACACUCAUAUUGUAAAAUAUUAUAUCCUGUACCAACACUUCCAGCCAACCCCAAUAAUAGUACACCAUGAAACCCAUUCACCACGACGUCACAUCUCAUCGUUGCCAACAUAUGAAGCCCCACUUAUUCAUCGUCAAAGCUAUCCAUCAACUCAAAUUCAGUCGAUAAAUCCAAACGAGUACUAUCCUAAACGUGUUGGAAGCCCGGUCGAAGUCAUUGGCAAUGCUAAUAUUUUAAACAACCCUGAGGCGUUUGUGAUUCAGAUUCCGUUGAAUAAUUUUGGAAUUGAGUCUAUUAAAGUGAGGUUUUGAAAAUUUUGUUGUACAGUCUCUCUAUAUAGUGAACCAUCUAAGCAACUCUCCUUAUAGUAAACAAGAUGUUUGGCUCCGUCAGGUCAAUUUGCACUAAAAAGUCUCUGUAAAGACAACACCCCUUAUAGAAAACACAAAAUAGCAGUCCUUUCGUGUUGCUUAUAUAGAGAGAGGCAUGUUUUAGGUUGAGUCAAAAGUAGCGGGACAAUUUUCAUUUACUUUUCAUCAAAAAACUGUCCCGCUACUUUUGGUUCAACUUAAAGGACCAGUUCGCCCAUUGAAAUAUCAUUGGCAUUCUGUCGCAAAAAUUCGACGUUCAUUUUUUUCGCAAAAAAACCUGAGCAGGUCGGUCCCAAAUUGGAAAAUUAAUUUCGACACCGACCCACUCACGUUUUUUGAGAAAAAUGAUUUUGAUUGAAAUUGCCUGAUUUUCGACGCUUUUUGCGACAGAAUGCCAAUGAUAUUUCAAUGGGCGAACUGGUCCUUUAAUGAUUAUCUACCUUUUCUCUUUCUUGCGUCAGGCAAUUUUUUUUUCAAUUUUUUUAAAUUUAAAAUUAAUUUCAAAAUUAAAAACUUUUUUUAUUUAAAAUUAAUUUAAAAACUUCAAAAAAUGUUUUAUUUUGCCCUACUUCCUCUUUGAGGCUCUGCUUAACUAGGUUGUUCACUUAGUUCUGCGCCCCUUCUUAAAGCAAAUUGUUUACAUAAUUUUGCGUCACGUGGGAUACGGGGCGCAAAAGUAUGUAAACAACCUAAUAUAUUAGAUUAAAUUUAAAUUAAAAAAUUUUUAGCUAACCAGAAAAGGCCAUUCAAUAACGGUAAAGGGUACAAAUGUAAAAGAAGACAACAAAUCUGGACAGUUGGUCAAAAGAACGUUCUCAAGAACUUAUACUAUUCCUCAAGACUGCAUUCUUCAAACAGUCAGAGCAGGUUAUAACCAAAAAACUGGGGAUUUACUUAUUAAAGUAAGUUUUUUAGCAAAAGUGGAUGAAAUAUUUUUUCACCCAUAGCUCAAACAUAAGCUAAAAUAUUUUUCAUCCAUAGCUCAAAAAUAAAUAAAAACAAAAAUUUUUCAAAUUUAAAUUUUCAGGGAAACCGCCUCUCAAACGGUGACUCAGAAACCCCAGUACCGAUAGAAGUGUUAGAAGAGACUGACGAAGAAGUGAUCAGUCGUGAUUCCGCUCAUUCUAGCCUCAAGCCAACACGCAAGGCUUCACACGAGCCAAAGUUAGUCAAUGAACUUUCAAGAACUCGUGAGCUAUCUCCAAAAUCUAACAGAUCUACAAGUUCAAACGAAUCCAAAAAAUCAGCCAAGCAUUCAGAAAAGUCAAAAACUUCAGAAAAUCGACAGAAAAAUCGACCAAAGUUAACUGAUUAUUCUGAAAGAAAGCUAUCAGAAGCUCAUGAUAAUCAUGAAAAAUCUGAAGUUUCGACGCCAAAAGCUGGACUGAAACAUCAAAGUUCGACUGAAACCCUGCCUAGAUGGCCUAAAACUGAGUCGAUUGUGAUUUUACCGGAUCAAGAAAGCUUGAGUCCAACUAGAGGUCCACCUAUUGUUCAUGAAGAUAGGAUUCUAAGAAGAAACUCCGAAUUACAUGAAUCGUUGUACGAUAGACAUGGUGAUGUUGCUGGUAGCCAUUUGAUAUAG